AUGGUGGUCGGGGACGCAGGAGGGGGAGGACAGAGAAGAGGCGCGGGUCGCGCUAGUUCGGGCUCGGCCGCGCCUCCCUCAUGUCCUCAGGAGAACGGCGCCGGGCUGAGCCGCCGCUUCUCCUCCGCGGGCAGCGGCGUCCGCAGCAUGGUGGGAAAAGAGAGAAAAGGUAAAAGUCUCGCUCGCUCGUUCGCUUUCCCCGAACGGAUCCAGCGGCAGGGGCUCGCUGUCGCCUCCCAGCGCCCGCCGGCAGCAGCGGCGGCGGCUGGCGAGGCCCCGGCGGGGGUGGGAGUGCGGCGAGGAGCUGCCCCCGCCCGCGGAGCGCCCGCCCGCCUUUCCGCCCGCCUUCCCUCACGCCGCUGCACACGGCGCGCGCGGAAGCCCCUGCGGCGGCACGCGCCCCGGGAGCGGUUGCGCGCUAACUGCCACGCGCUAACGGCCAGCACGGUAGCGGGGGCGGGAGGCGUGCUCCUGCUCCGCGGCCGGCGCGAGCCGCCAGUUCCUUCCCGCCGCUCCGCGCUCGGCGGCCGCCCUGCCCCGCCCCGCCUCGCCCCGCCCUGCCCUGUGGCGGCCGGCAGGGCUCCGGCCCCGCAGCGGCUCCCGCCGCAGGCAGCGGAGGGAUCCCGCGGCGCCCGGCCCGCAGGAGAACGCGCCUUCCGUCUGUGUUAAACUGAUCUUCCUACAAAGAUACCAUGGAAAAGUUGCUCGUACGGCCUUUAGAGCACAGAAAGCGUAUCGAAGUUUUUUCCCUUUAAG